GCGCCGCCGAGCGCUCGGCCCCGCGCGCCGCCAACCUGAUCGGCGCAGGAUGUGGCCUCGCGGUGACGUCAGGGCCAGAUGUUUCCCCAGACCACGCCCCCGCUGGGGUCCGGGCCACUCCGAGGAGCGAUAACGGGGAGAGCUUAUUCCGCUGUCAGCGCGCCAUGCAGGGGCCGGGGAAGCCGCGUCGUUAUCGUGUGACGCGCUCGAAAAUCCAGCAUUAAUCCAUGCUCCACGCAACAGGCUGCCGGUGCCGGGAUCUGUCUGCUCAUCUUUUCCCUCUUCCAUUGGACUUCAUCGCUUUUUUGAUUUAGGGACAAGCUGGGCGUGAUCGUCACGAACAGAGCGUUUUUGAUGGCUGCUAGAUCAGGCUGGACUUCUCCAGAGGGAUCUUCAGAAAUAAGGAAGGGUCUGCUUGCAUAAUUUUUUUUUUUUUUAAAGUAAAGGAAAAGUGCUUUUUUCUCACCUCUUCUGUUUGGAUUUCUUUUUAAACUUAUGAAAAAUGGCAACGGCAGCAUACGUGGAUCAUUUUGCAGCAGAAUGCCUUGUUUCUAUGUCCAGUCGUGCUAUUAUCCAUAGUCCCAAAGGGGAGUCUGGUCCCCAGCCUGAUACCACAAUACGUCCUUCAUCAAAUGGAGAAGAGAAGUGGGAAGUCAGAGAGACUGGGAAGGACAAUGGCUCGUCGCUGAUGGUGGUAGCUAGCAUUUUAGCAGACCUGAACCAGCACGUCCCAAACUCACCCGCUCUCAAAAGGGAAAAAACAGAGACCUUUGAUAUCACGGAACAAAUACACAUUUCUAUUGCUCCUAAGGACUUUGGGGAAGAAAGUGUGUCUUCGGCUAGUAAGCGUGGAGGAGGAAAAGCAACCACACCUACUAGCCUGGCUGCAGUAACUGAGCCAAGUCCGAGACAAAAGAACAAACGCGGCAGGAGCUGGACUGACCCCGGAUCACCCCAGAAAAAGCACAAAUGCCACUAUGUGGGGUGUGAAAAAGUUUAUGGCAAAUCUUCCCAUCUUAAAGCUCAUCUAAGGACCCACACAGGUGAGCGGCCUUUUGAAUGCAGCUGGCAAGAAUGCAACAAGAAGUUUGCUCGCUCUGAUGAACUGGCCCGCCAUUACCGCACUCACACUGGAGAAAAGAAGUUCAGCUGCCCGCUCUGUGAGAAACGCUUCAUGCGCAGCGACCAUCUGACAAAGCAUGCCCGUCGCCAUGCCAAUUUCCAUCCGAGCAUGCUCAAGAGACGAAGUGGGAGUAAUUCAAGAACAGGGUCUGUCAGUGACUACAGCCGCUCAGAUGCCUCAAGUCCAACAAUUAGCCCUGCCAGCUCCCCAUAGACCUACCUGCACUGGAUGUCAGCACUUUGCCUCUAAUACCCAAUGCGGAGUUCUGUUUGUGUUGCACACAUUUUAAAGAUUCUGUCGCUUUCCCUCCUCAGUUUUUCCCUGUCUCCAUACUUCAUAUAUAUAUAUAUAUAUAUGUGUGUAUAUAUAUAUAUAUAUAUAUAUAAAAUCAGUGAAUAGCCGCCUCCCACUGCAAUUUUCAGUCACAUUUUCUUCACCUAACCACACAAGUGGCCAUUCUAACCUCAUGGACUUAAGGACUUACAUGUUCCACUUAGUGACUCCUGCUGUCUCAAUAUUUCAUACAUUUUACAACCACAAACAGAUCCUCUUGAUUAUUCUUUAUAAGAAAAUGAGAAAAUCUAAAAAAGAAAAAAAAAUUAAUUCACCUCAGGUGUCAAAGUAGUUUUGUAAGACCAGAUUGCACAACAUGAACAUACAUAACACUUACAAAUCAACUGUGUUGGAUGGUGUCCCCCUUCUUUCUCAGGGAUGGAUAUUUAUGUUACACAAUAACUACAAUGAAGACACACCCUAACCGCAGCCUUAUUCUGUAAAUAUAUUUGCACUCAGAAGCUUUUUGUUAGUUUUUUUCACACACUGGGAAAAAAAUAAAAAACAGACAAUACAAAAACCAAACCAGUACUGGAAUGUAGUACCAGACUCUUCUAUUGUUUGUUUUCCUGGCUAUACGUCUACACUGGGGAGCAUCCAGACAGGAUCUUCUUUCUUGAAACUGCCCUCUGCUCUUGACAGCAAGCCACCUUGUCGCGUCACGCUGAAGAGGCUCCCAAGCCAACUUCCUAUUCUGAAAAUCUCCAUGAAGUUGAUAAACUGCUACUACUUUUUGUUUGUUUGUUUUAUGCCAGAUAAAAUUCUGAGAAAAUAAUUCUAAACAAGAUGCCUUAAGUAAAUAAUCUAAAUCAUGAGGAAACGCGUUUACACUGGGUAACAUUGCAUUACAAAGUGACAUGGAAUCUCAGAGGCAUUCUUUUUUCUCUCCAAGUUCUUAAGCUCUCUGCACUGCAGAGCAGCAGGGACCAGCAGAACACUCAAACCAAACCACGCUGACUUGAAUGAUUUUCUUUAUCCUUUUCUUUGUUUAUUUUAAAUGAACUAUGGAAAUAGAGUAACUGAACCAACGCCCAUCACCGUUUUUAUCAAGGUACUUACCUACUGUACAGUUGUAUCUUAGCAAGAUAAAUUGCUUAAGACAGCCUCUGUUUCCUGUUGCAUCGCAAUCAUGGUCUCUGAUAAAAGGAAGAGAAAAUUACAAGGUAUUCUUCUGACUAGAAAAAUAAAAUACACAUUUUUAAGUGUUACAAAAAAAAGGCAUUUUAGCUCUCCUUAAAGUUUCUUAAAAUACACAUAUCAGCAUAAAGAAAGGUUCUGUUAUUUCUGAAUAGCUGUGUAAAAAGAUAAAGGGAAUCUUAGCUGUUUUUCAAUAAUUUUCAAGUAUUGGGCAAAAGAUGGUGCACAAGGAGGUAGACCUUCAUGUUUUGUAUGGUAAGACAUACAGCAAAAGACCAGAGCAUUGUGAUGUCCUAGAGGCCUCACUGACAGCAAAGACGCUUUGUUUUGGCUGGUUCUGAUGGUGCAUGCUAUAAAUUAAGACACUUUGAUUCUGGAAUUUUGGGUGUUCUCUUGUUUUUACUGUAGACUAUAAAAUGCAGGCGAGUGUAGCUCAGUGAAACAAAACUCUCUAUGCCAAACAUGCCAUCUGAUAUCAAGUUAAUGCUUACCCAUUCCAAAUGAGCUUGUAUCUUACUUGCUAGCUUGCAUCGAUCCAAUUCUGCAAGGUUUUUUUUGUACUGUAUAUUAACUGUGAGAGGCUAAUACCAAUUCCUAAGUAGUUUCGUGGGUACUUCCAUAAUGUAUACGUUAUUCCUAAUACUAUAUUUGUAUGCAUAGAUUUACAGACAGUUCAAAGUGCAGAUAUUUCAGUAUUUUCUCAUGUUCAUUUGCCUCAGAUUUCACCUCCAGGAAAUCAUAGUUUCCCCUUUUGAAGUCAUGCUAGGCACAGUUCUACUACUGCAUUUACAGAUGAUGAAGCAACAGGGUUCUUUUGCAAAACAAGCAUUGCUGAAUUUCUGGGAUGAGUUGCCUAACCACUGUAUAUUAGGGGAAAGCCAGAUCGUUUUACCUCGACAGAUUUCUUUUUUUAAAUCUCAGCUACUGAGAUAAAAAAAAAAAAAGUAAAAACUUUAUACUAUUCAGGUAAGAGGAAUUCACAUUCCAAUCAUUUCUGUGACUGAUAAAAGUGUUCUUGUGCUGUAGUCAGGAAAGGGGCAAUUAAGAUGUCCAGCUAAAGGAAUUUUACAGGUCAGUUGUGCCAUGUGCACAUACUUUCAGUCAUAAACACAUUUGUCAUUAUCAUCAGACCAUAAGAGGGAUAUGGAGGGAAAAAAAUAACCUAAGUAUCAGCAGCAGUCAUAGGUUUUGUGUUCUAACUUCAGUUUGUCCUAAAAUCACCUUCUCCAACAAGACCAUCAUUUAAUCUUUAGCAAAGGAGGAACCACUUCAGUCCCUUCACUGGAGCGUAACGUUCAUCAUGAAUCAGUAGGUACAUUACAGAUUUUUAUAGCCUAGAGAAGGAAUAUUCCCACCAUGUUUUAUUAGUACAAGGAUUAUGGGAAAUAGAGAUUAUGGGACAACCUAUUCUGAGACAAAAACUAGUUAAUCUUUAACUCAAAUAGUAAUCUAAAACAUUUUAUGUUUUUUUCCUUAUAGAGAUUACUAACAGUAAUAACCCAAGGCUAUGAGGAAAAAAAAAAA